AUCAGGUAAAAGGAGAUCUCCUACAUGAACGGCGACACCAAGAUCGUGCCCGAGACCAAGAGCAAGACCAUCUACAAGCUGAGCGGCGUGACGGAGCGCGACCUGCGCAAGACGGUGCUCUGGCUCAAGGAUGGCCUGCAGUGUGUGUGCGACGAGAUGAACGACAUCAACGCCUCCUACCUGGUCAUGGGCCAGAAGAUGGAUGGCCACCUGGUCAUCACCUCGCUCAAGCGCUGGCAGCGGGGCCAGCGUGAGUUCAAGAGGAUCUCACGCAGCAUCCGCAAGCUGCAGUGCUGAGCGAAGCAAGACUCAAGACCCGAUGAGUCUUAUCUAAACUCUAAGAGCCGGAUCUGGUCCGAUCCGGAUCUGGUCCGAUCCGGAUGCAACUAGUUCUCAGUCAGUAUUGUUAAACGUCCUGUUUUUAGUACCAUGUUUAGCACUGCCAUAGGCUACAUUUCAACACGUUUAUUGUUUAUUAGGAUUUCAUUUGAUCCAUCAAUAGUCCUUAUAAGAUGAAACAAACACAUUACAUUAAAAUCAAAGACAAACAGGUGAAUAUUGUAGGUCUACUACAUAGUCCCCACCUGUAAUGUUGGAUGCAUAUUUCAGUGUUUCUGAAGAGAUUAAAAAUCAUUCUUUUCAUUUUUUCWUUAUGCAAUGCAGUCUGUUAGGCUCCACUUAUCCAGACUUGAUGAUGAGGCUGGAUACAUUUAGUGCAUUGGCCUAUCAUUAGGUGAGAGGGAGAGUGUGGUUUCUGUGUGCAUGGUGUGAUAUUGUUUCCGGUGUAUUCUUUAAGAUGAUGAUGAUAGUGAGACUAAGGUAUKUAAUGAAAUACAAUGUAAUGUGCUUUUUUACUUGUUAUUUUUCUCAAGCAAUGAGAGAUAGCUGGCUAUAUUCUCUGCCUUUUAGUUACUACUUCCAAUGUAACCCUGGCAUUGCAAGUUCAGCAGCCCCAAAGCAAGGCCCAUAUCAUYGCAGUGACGACAAUCAAUUAUUCGRCCCYCUGCAGUCAAUGGACUAUKUCACCUUUUUGUACAUGAGCCUCAAUACUGCACUGUUUAYUUUUCUACCACAAUUAUUGAUUAUGAAAUAUUUUUCUGUUUCAAGCUUUUUCAAGUAAAUUCCUUUGACAUUGGUGAUCAAAUGUUGGAGUGCCGUCUACCAUGCCAUUUCUGUUUCUCUCAACUUUUUUUUAAUGACAUUUCUUCUCACUAUGACAGCGUGUCUUAGGUAUGUUAACUAAGUAUAUCAGGAUUGUAUAUUAGUGGUCGAUUGUGUUUUCAUUUUUAGGGGUGAAUGCAAAAAAAAAUGCAGCUGUAUUGUGUGUGUGUGUGUGUGUGUAAAAUAUUGCUUUAUAUAGUACUCUGUAAAUAUCCUUGUAUUCUUGUACAUAGUUUCGGGAGACAGCAGAAGUUGACACGUGUGAAUUCAGAUGGUGAUAUAUAUAUAUUUUUWAAAUUACAACACUAAACAUAUGUUAGUAUAAUGUUAAUCUGAGAAGUGUAAUUCUUAUAAAUGAUAUGCAUCUUUUGGUCCCUCUUAAUUAAAGGAAGCAAUYCAAGGAA